GCCGAGCCUCUUUACCCCUCCCUCCCUCUCCCCUCCUUGGCUUGCACAGCGUAGACCCUACCAAAGUCCAGCCGCCUGUGGCUUUCAGAGGAGGCCUUCGGAAGGGGCAGCAGGCGCUCUGCCCCUGGUGCAAGGAGCCCGGUUCGGCCGGGUAGCUGUCUCGUGCUCCAGGGGAAAGGAACAGGAACUAGGAGCUGUGAUUCCCUUCGGCAAAGGAACUUUCCAAGCUGUUUAUUCCCUCAGCAGUCUAUCCUUCGUGUCUGCUGCCCCUAUGCCAAUGGACCUCAAGCAUGUCCCCAGCACCCGGGAGCGAGGCUGGUAUUUGGCGCUGAUGGCCCCCAAUAUCAAGGGCCCCACUUACGCCUGGUUGGACCCCUCUCGCCUUUACUGCCACCAGCAGGGCUUCCAGGACUGCGUGGAAGACCUGAUCCAACCGUUUCGAGGGGACCCCAUUGACCAGGUUGCCGGGAUUGAUGCCAUGGGCUUCAUUCUUGGCUCAGCCAUCGCCAACACCCUCCAGAAGAGCUUCGUGGCCAUCCGUAAAGCAGGCCACCUCUGCGUGGAGACCCUCACCCAGCCUUACAGGGACUACUCGGGCCGGGACAAGGUGAUGGAGAUGCGGACAGACGCCAUCACCCCAGGCCUCCGAGUCUUACUGGUGGACCAGUGGGUCGAGACAGGGGGAACCAUGCAAGCCGCCGCCCAACUGGUCGAGCGUCAAGGUGGGGUCGUGGCAGGCAUUGCCGCCAUCUGCAUUGAAGACAGCGAAGGCGGGCGGUGGCUGAAGGACCGCUAUAAAUGGAGCCACUGCGUUCCCCCUCAUCUGAUGGCCCAGUUCAACGCUCACCGCCUGGACUCCUUCAAGGCCUUCGAGCCCGGGCAGGGCCUGCCGUAGCCAGGAGACGGCAAGCAGGGAGCCCACGCUCUUGCGCCAUGUGCACAGACCCUCCGUGGCCUUGGCGGCCCGCUGGCUGGACUUGACCCUUCUCUGGAACCGCGGCGGCCAGGCAGCGUAUUUAAUAUCCUGACCUGUUGAGCAUCAGCCUGCCUCAAAGCUCUGCCGCCACCAGAAAGCAACUUAGGAUCCUUAACCCGGCAAUAAAUAAAUCUACUGGCCCACAGACGAU